AAUCUUUACAAAGUGGUUUCGAACCAGCAGGGGGCACCCAACAAGUCAUCUUGCCCUCUGCCAUCAUGAUGGUGCAUCGGCCCAACUUUGCCAUGGAGGCAGCAAUCGUGUACGCCAUGAAGACACCUCAAGUGGUCAUCGACAUAGAAAUGGCCAAGAGAGCAGCGGCCAUCAGAAAAGUCCUGAUGAAGAAAGCCACGAGGCGCAAUCAAAGCAAGAUCAAUCAGCGUCGGUAUCGCGCGGAACAAAAGUGCACGACCGACCUCCUUAACCAAACCGUGAUCCAGCUGCGCACCGAUGUGGCUCGCAUGGAAGGACGUUUGGAGAUGAUGAAACUGGCCAUUCCACCUCCGCUGCGGACGUUUGAACCCGAGUGCAACGUUGCCAACGAGUACUUUCGUAUGUUUGUGUACGGGUACGAUCUCGACCCAGCAUGUGCCCAGCACACGACCCAGUUCGACUUUUUAAACAGCACCAUGAGCCCAGACCUGGUGAUCAUGGGUAAUAUUGGCCUGGACAAACUCCUGCAGCAGUGGGUGCUGUACGUCAAUACAUUUGAAGCGUUCCACAUGGAGCUCCACCAAGCGCACGUGGUCUCAUUCUCCCCCAACGUGGUUGUGCAUGCACAAACCACGCUCCACUUGCGCAUGUCUCGCAAGUCCAUCCAGCUGCUGUUCCCCCACCUCCUCAACAACGAGCCGCUUACUCAAAAACUCAUCGGCCGAGUGCUGCAUUUGCCGAUUCAACAGAACUUUAUCUUCGACCACAAGUGCGUCGUCCAAGAGCUUGGGACGUUUGCCAACACCACGCUCGCGCUGGUCAAUCUGCUGGGCAAUCUAGACGACGUCUUGGCUGUGAUUGGGGACUUUCACUUGGGUGAAAAUGCAGAGAUUGUAGCAUCGUCCGAGUACAACUCAAACUAGCAUGGUGUUAAUGGCAAUUGUAUGGAGAAGCCAAUGGUUGCAUG